GAGAGAGGAGCUGCUACGCCACAGCCCAGCGGCGGCCAUUCGCGGAAAAAGAGGCAGAGCCUGUGCCAGCUACAGCCUCCUCCGAGCCACCCCGGGCGGGCGGGACCGGCCUCUCCUCCCGCCUCGCCCCCACCCCCACCCACCUCUAUCCCAGUGUCUCUGUGAGGGUUUGUCCUGUUAAUGCGGGAUGAGCGAUCAGAAGAAGGAGGAGGAGGAGGAGGCGGCAGCGACGAUGGCUACAGAAGGAGGGAAAACCUCUGAGCCAGAGAAUAACAAUAAAAAACCCAAAACCUCAGGCUCCCAGGACUCUCAGCCCUCUCCUCUGGCUUUACUGGCAGCUACUUGCAGCAAAAUAGGGACUCCUGGUGAAAAUCAAGCGACCGGACAGCAGCAGAUUAUUAUAGACCCAAGCCAAGGACUGGUCCAACUUCAGAGCCAGCCGCAGCAGCUAGAACUGGUGACAACGCAGCUUGCUGGCAACGCUUGGCAACUUGUUGCCUCCACUCCUCCCACUUCAAAGGAAAAUAACAUUUCUCAAGCAGCUUCUAGUUCAUCUAGUUCUUCCAGCAGUAAUAACGGGAGUUCCUCUCCUACAAAAACUAAAUCAGGUAAUUCUUCUACCCCUAAUCAAUUUCAAGUCAUACAAGUCCAGAAUCCAAGUGGUAGUGUACAGUACCAAGUGAUCCCCCAACUUCAGACGGUGGAAGGUCAGCAAAUUCAAAUCAAUCCAACUAGUAGUUCAUCUCUACAGGAUUUGCAGGGUCAAAUUCAACUCAUUUCUGCAGGUAAUAAUCAAGCUAUCCUCACUGCUGCUAACAGGACAGCCUCUGGUAAUAUUCUUGCUCAGAACCUGGCAAAUCAGACAGUUCCAGUACAAAUUAGACCUGGUGUUUCAAUACCAUUGCAGUUGCAGACCCUGCCUGGUACUCAGGCUCAAGUUGUAACAACCCUACCGAUUAACAUUGGAGGAGUGACUUUAGCUUUGCCCGUGAUAAAUAACGUGACUGCAGGAGGAGGGACUGGACAAGUUGGCCAGCCUACCACCACUACUGAUAGUGGGACUUCCAAUGGGAAUCAGUUAGCUUCUACGCCCACCACCACCACUGCUUCUGCCAGUACUAUGCCUGAAUCGCCCUCUUCCUCGACUGCUUGUACAACCACUGCAUCCACAUCUCUAACUAGCAGUGACACAUUAGUGAGUUCAGCAGAUACUGGCCAGUACGCAAGCACAUCAGCCAGUAGUUCUGAACGCACCAUUGAAGAAUCGCAGACACCUGCUGCUACGGAGUCUGAAGCCCAGAGCUCCAGUCAGCUUCAGCCCAAUGGGAUACAAACUGCCCAGGAUCAGUCCAGUUCUCUUCAGCAGGUGCAGAUUGUGGGCCAGCCAAUCCUGCAGCAGAUCCAGAUCCAGCAGCCUCAGCAGCAGAUCAUUCAAGCGAUUCCGCCACAGUCAUUUCAGCUGCAGUCAGGGCAGACCAUUCAGACCAUCCAGCAGCAGCCUUUGCAGAACGUUCAACUUCAAGCUGUCAACCCGACUCAGGUGCUUAUCAGGGCUCCAACUUUAACACCUUCAGGGCAAAUCAGCUGGCAAACUGUCCAGGUUCAGAAUAUUCAGAGUCUUUCAAAUUUGCAAGUUCAGAAUGCUGGGUUAUCUCAGCAGCUGACCAUCACCCCCGUGUCUUCAAGUGGUGGCACAACUCUUGCUCAGAUUGCUCCUGUGGCUGUUGCUGGUGCCCCAAUAACUCUGAACACUGCCCAGCUUGCGUCAGUGCCUAACCUUCAGACAGUGAGUGUUGCCAACCUGGGUGCUGCGGGCGUUCAAGUUCAGGGAGUUCCAGUAACAAUCACUAGUGUUGCAGGUCAGCAGCAAGGACAGGAUGGAGUGAAAGUCCAGCAAGCUACGAUAGCUCCUGUGACGGUGGCGGUUGGAGGGAUUGCCAAUGCAACGAUAGGUGCUGUUAGUCCUGACCAACUCACACAAGUGCAUUUGCAGCAAGGCCAGUCGACCUCGGAUGCAGAGGUGCAGCCUGGCAAGAGGCUCCGAAGAGUUGCCUGCUCCUGUCCUAAUUGUAGGGAAGGAGAAGGAAGGGGCAGCAGUGAACCAGGAAAGAAGAAGCAGCACGUUUGCCACAUUGAAGGGUGUGGGAAAGUGUAUGGCAAGACCUCUCACCUCCGAGCACAUCUCCGCUGGCACACUGGAGAAAGGCCUUUCAUCUGCAACUGGAUGUUCUGUGGCAAAAGAUUCACAAGGAGCGAUGAGCUUCAGAGGCACAGAAGGACCCACACAGGUGAAAAGAGAUUUGAAUGUCCAGAAUGUUCUAAAAGGUUUAUGCGGAGUGAUCACCUUUCCAAACAUGUGAAAACUCACCAGAAUAAGAAAGGAGGUGGGACAGCUCUUGCCAUUGUUACCUCGGGAGAACUGGACUCGUCUGUCACAGAGGUGCUUGGCUCUCCACGGAUUGUCACAGUUGCAGCCAUUUCUCAAGAUUCCAAUCCAGCAACUCCCAAUGUUUCAACAAACAUGGAAGAAUUCUGAAACGCUAUUUAUAACAGAGACCUCUAGUGCUGCACUUAAGUUUACACACCUUUGAAAUCUGGAAAUGGGCUGGUCAAGUGGAAAUCAGAGUGGGAAAUCGCAUCUGCACCUUGGAAUCUUUACGUAUUCCGGGGAUUUUUGGUUCAACGCAUAAAGUGUUGAAUUUUUAAAAAUAGAAAAAGAAAACCAAUAUACUGGAAACAGAAAAGUAUUUCUUCCAUGUUAUAAGUUGCUGUAGUCUUUGGAAAUACACCACAUAACCUUUAAACAGACCCUCCCUCUAAUGUCCCAGUUGCUGACGUGUCUAAAGAGACACCUUUGCAGGCUGGGCCUUAAUCUGUUUGGAAGGACCUUGUUCAAAGUCUAGUCAGUAAUAAUUGACACACACUUCUUUUACUCUCUAGCACAGAAAACAGAUUGUGAUAUGACAAUAGGGAUAAUACUGUAUUUCUUUAGCUUGGUUUUUGGGAAAAAAAAUCCACUUAAAAUAGUUUUGGCCGUCUUUUCUAACUAUCAAAAGUUCUUCAAAAGUUGAAUUAGGUUACGUUCCAAAAUACCAACCUGAGAUCUAUCUCGGGUUUUUAUCACCACUACAUUAUAGUAGUGUGUAUGCAGACAAUCAGUGAAGCCCAAUUAUUUUCUCCGUUUCGGAGACACAAGAGGACCUUAGAGCUAAAUCUUAUAUUAAAUUUUAGAUUGAAAAUUUAGGAAAAUGCUGGGGGAAAAUUUAUUAGAACAGAAAUCAUGAUAGCUUCAAAAAGGUGAGAGGAAGCAGUUUAACAAGUUUUGAAGUUAGGGUUGACUGUGUGCCUAACCCUGUGUUCAGUAGCAAAAUUUCAUUUUAAAUGCUCAUAUUGGAAAUGUUCGCAUAGAUUACAAAUCUAUGCAAUUUCAUAUUCUGUAAAUAUGAGUUAUGCUGACAAUGUGUAGUAUUCUUUAUGCUUUGACUUAGUAGCCAAAGAAAGAAUUAUCAGACUUUUUUCAGGUCAGCAGAAAUUUAUUUUUAACUACAUUAUAAUUUUGUUUUCCUUUGCUAAAAAUUGGCAAAUCCAAUUUUAUUUCUAGUACUGUGUUAGGCUUGUAAGAAUUUAUAUCACAGUGAUGUCUUUAUGUUGUAUCAAUAACAAAGUUUUCCCUAAAGGUCUAGACAGCUUAGCAAAUAUAUAAUAAAAAUGAUAUUAUGAAGCAAAAAAAAUAUUUUUGGAAAACCAGAAUACUUUUCAGUCAAAUAGCGACUGAAAAUAUAUUUCAUUUUUUUGUGCAAGGGUCUUAGAGAACAGUGUCUUAUUAGGAAAGAUGGCCAAACAUUUCAUAUGAAAACAAUUGGAUUAUUCUACUAGAUUAAACAUUAGUAAGACACUUAAUGUUUUUAGAGCGUGCUUACACAGAAUCAUAACUAUUGAAACUCACCAUUUGGAAACUAAAAUUUUUACCUAAUUCAUUUGUUAUUGGUUUGAAGAUAGGUAUAUGUUUUCUUGUGCAUUCUUUAUUAUUUCAGGAAAAAUACUGCUCAUGAGAACUCUCUUCCGGAAUCAUGAUGUUUGUUGUCUUUUUGAUGAAGGAGAAAUACUGUAAUGAUCACUGUUUACACUAUGUACACUUCAGGCCAGCCCUUUGUAGCGUUAUAUAAAACUGAAGGCCUUUUGUGCUUUCAGUUUGUAUAAAAAAGCUUUGAGAUUAAAGGAAAAAAUUUUUACACUGUGGUUAUAAAUUUCAAGUUUCUUAAAGCUUUUGUAGACUUGUAACAAAGUCUUUAAAUUUGAGUUGAAUUUUGUAAGUUGUUUUGUAUAUUUUAUUUAAUGUACUCUUAACAACUGAUGCAUCUGGCUUUAAAACAUCAGGAUCAGUUUGUUGUUUUGUUUGGUACAGAGGAGCAUUUGGUAGUGUUAAUUUUAAUUUUAUUAUAUAGGAGCUGAAACAUCAAAUAUAUAUUUUAUCUAUCAUGCUACACAAUCAGUGCUAUAAAUUUUUUUAUGCAAAGAGACUUUCUUAAUGUUUUAAUCAUGUUUUCUCCAAGCUAUACUUUUGUUGUUCGCACCAAGUAUGAGCACUCUGCAUCACUAUUCCCCGAGCCAGUUUCGUGCAACUCAUGCUCAUCCGAAGUGCAAGUUAUCCUCACCAACAGUGAGGCCUAUUGUAGAUGAAUCAGACGAAUCUGGACAUCCUUAUGGUAUAUAAAACAAUCAGUCAGCACACACAUUUCACCACUGAAAUUAGAAAUAUUUGGACAGUCUGUUCUGCAUACCAUUCUGAGUCCACCUUUCUGUCGUACAGCAGUCGUAAAUUUCAGUGUCCUUUGACUCCGUGGGAUAUAGCUGUGGUAGGGCACAGAUGUGCAGUAGAGUCUUGUUAACGGCAUUUCACUGCUCAUUCUCUUUGCCACCGGUCUGAAGCUUUUCUUUGUAAAAUUAUCAGUGCAGAGCUCUGUAUUUAUCAUGGUAGAACUCCAGUGUUAGAAUAGUUUUCUCUUACAGUAUACUUUCUUUGGUUAAGUUUGUGUAUGUGUUGCUGAUUACAUUAGAACUUGAUGUUGUCAUUAUUUAUCACACUCAUGAGAGCAGUAAUAAAAGUGUGUAAUCUAGGAGAAAAAGUUAAUUUGUCAAACUUAGAUAAGCAUGAUGUUUAGGUCCUAUUUUUCAAUUUUAUAACUGUUUUAUUGCAACAAUAUUUGUAUUUGAGUCUCCAUUUUAAUGCCUUGUGGUGUUUUUUUAUGCAUGUCACUAAGUUGUCAUCCCACAUAAAUUGAUGUGCAGCAUAGGGUAUUAAAUCUACAUAAUGAUUUUAAAACAGAAAUAGUUGAUGGUAAAAUGUAAAUGUUUUGCAAAAAUUCCUUAUAAAAAGUUUCGUAGUAACAUUUCACUUGUAAAUUUUUUGUAAAAAAGAAAAUGGUUAAAAAAAAAAGAUGAAUACAAAAAAAAAGAAGAACCUGUUUUCCCAUAUCCUAGAAUUUAGACAAUUAUUCUGCCAGCAAAGCCUCUGGGGCUGUAAUUGACAUUUUUACAGUGCUGAUUUGUAUAAAAUUUGUUUUUUGUGGAUUUGGAAAUAAAAUCAUGUACAAGUUGUUGCCUGCAGUAACAAUUGCAAGUAACCUUUUAGAGUCCCCUUGGGUUGAACAUGCUUCAUUUAAUUAUGUAUACCAUAGAGCAGCAAUAAAGUGUUUAAACUAUCAACCUUCUCAUCACAGUGAACACUGAAAAUUUAAAUGCCUCUCACUAGAAAAUGUAUUGGCAACCCUUCCUAAUCCUGGUGUUCAGAUCUGACCAACACUCUUCUCAAUAUACCACCAAAGAACUCCAGCUUAGAUUGCAUGUUAACUUGUGGCCAUUGCUGUAGACAUUUAUGGAAAUUAAAUUUUGAUUUAGAAACACUUCAUUUAAAUAAUUUUAAGCAAUAAAUGUUAGGAAAUAGUAGGAUGAUCUAAAAAUUAGAAAACAAAAUUAAAAUAAUAUUUAAGCCCACAGCAGUAUGUAGAAGUGUAGACCACCUAGAUGUGGGGAGGUCUGUAAAGGAGAACAGAGCUGCUUUUCCUUCUAGCAGACUUUCAUGUUUCACAAAAACCUUACGAAUACACUUCAGUGUGACUUUAGUGGACACAUUUCCAAGUCUAUAUACAGCAGAUCUGCUGGAGAGAACUGCAGGAUGUUAGGCACCAAGGGAAGUGAGCUGCCCACACGGCUCCAGUAGUGUUUGAACGUGGAGUCGGUAGGGUGGUGUCUGUGUGUGUACAUAGCUGGACAGCACAGCCUAAGGGCAUGGCUAUGCUACUACGUACAUGCAGAGCAUGUGUCCUUAACAGUGGUCAAACCAAGGGACAGCUAAAUGUAUGCUCCCCCACCAAAUAACAACUUGGUCAAAAGAUCUCAUGUCGAAAGUAAAGGUACCCAUCUUGACCAGGCUUGUUCAACCAUGCCUGUCCUUUUUCCCUCUGGGUGGUUCUUAGCCCAAAGCUUAACUUCAGUUCCCAAAGAUACACUUGGAAUUGUUUGGCUUGUUUGCUUGUUCCUCUUUUCAUCCCUCCCCUAACUAGUAUGUUUCAGUUUCCUGAAAGAUUAGCAUGUACUCAUCAGGAUGGCCCUGCCUGCAAAGAUGAAACCCAAAACCUGAGACUUUCACUUUGAAGACAGUGAUGGUCUGGUUUCUGAACUAGGAAUGUCAACCGCAUGAACAAGCUGGGAUCAGUCACAAUCAGGCUGCUGACAUGAGACUGGUGUGGAGCAGAAGCCGUGCUCAGAGCGAUAAUGUGGCACCUGUAGUCCACAGCGCUGCUGUUAAAGAUGACCUUGAAGUCAGCAACCUUGUGUUUCGCAUAGCUUACCCUAUCUAAAAGGCCAGGUACUAAUUAAAGGGUACAAUGACUUCAGAUGCCAGGAAGAGAUGUGGAAUUCUUCGUUUUCUUCAGGGAUUGUUGUUUGUGCUGUAAUGUACAUAAUAGGCUCCAUCAGUUUAUAAUUGUAUUGUAAGAAUUUAAAGGCAUUUUCUAAGAUUUUUCUGGUUGGCAUGGCCUUGGGUUCUGCUUCUUUUAGUAGCAGGUGGCAGUGAAAUCAUUUAUUUUUGGAUACCUGAGCACGAUCCCAAAAGGAAAUAGUAGAAGCAGUCCAGGAAAGGAGAGAUGGGAAGGGCCGGAGGAAAGCAUGAAGGGCUGUUACUAAUGGAGUUAUCUCCAUGGUGAUGGCACUUGGAAAAGAAGCCAGAGUUCAGGCUGGAUUAGUGGUUGCUGAUCCAAGUGUUCAGUUACUCCUCCUGCAUCUUGCCCUUCCUUGCACAGUCUUGAUUGAUACUGUCAGUGAGCCCACCAAGCGCCUGGUAAGCAGCAGCAUUUGCAGUCAGUAACCUAGAAGAAGGUACUUCAUUCCUGUUACUGUCCCAAAAUAGCAUAAACUGGAUGCGUUGUGAACAGUAGAAACAGGCCCGCCCGAGGUUCAGUGUCUGUUGUGAGCCAGCCCUGGUUCAUGUGUUGCCUUGACAACCCGAGCCCGAGGGCACUAACACCAUUUCAGGAGUUCACCAUUUUUAAGAUCUUACAACCUCACAGAGGCCACACCUCUACUGUGUUGGGAUCUGGGGAGACAGCCCAUCAAACCCAGCAGGGGGCACUGAGCAGCCAGAGGCUUGGAAUAGGAGCACCACGGUGCAAAGCUAACUCAAAACUGCACAGACAGGAAGGAAACUUCAGCGAGAAUUAUCCAUUUCACCUCCUUUUUUCUCAAGCUGAGCUAGUGUGCGAGACAACAGUCUCUGGAGUGACAUGUCACACUGGGAACAAGACUGAAGUUACUGAAGCAUGUUGAGAUGGUGCCUCCUGGGAGGAGUCAAAGCAGGGCAAGUGAGGAUGCCCAGGUUUCAAGACAGCUGAGAAAGCUCAUCCAGAGAUGGAUUCCACACCACCGAGGGACAGGAUGAGCCUGCACAGAUGCCUGGAGCAACGAUUAUUCUUUGCGCCCUACCUUCCUAGGUGGUU